CGGCAACGGUAGUGCGAACGUAGAAGCGAGCGGUGGUAGUGCGUUAGUUGAUAAGGCGGCACUUUCGAGUGCACCGAAUCCGAUCGAGAUUAAGGCAGCAACGAAGGCCGUUAAGGUGGAGGAGGACGAUAGCAAUAUCGAUGCGAUUUGCGGUGACGUAGACAUCGUCGUAGGCGAUACCGUUGAGAGUGACUUCGAGGAGCUGGUCAAAGCGCAGGUCGAACCACUCGACGUCGAGGACAGUUCGGAGCAGAUACAACAGAUUCAUGAGCGAAUCAUUGUUGGCAUUGAGCGCGCAGUUAGUGAUGAGGGUGAUGACCACGGGAACAGGGUGCUGUCGGCGGUGAGUGAUGACGACGCAAUGAUGAAGACCGCCGUGGGUGGUGCGAGUGAUACUAGCGACACCGAUACCGAUACCGACGGUGUAAAGGUUGUUGACGCGGACAAAGACGUACCGGAGACGGUAGUCGAACCGGCAGUGGCAAGUGGUGAAUCGAUAGAAGUGAUGUCGGAGUCGGCGGCACCAGCAGACGAUCACGAGAAAAUUGUUCAACGCGAGAUGGAUAACGCAGAGGCUCCGAUCGAAGAGGAUCCAGUCGAACAAGCAGCAGGCAGCAUUAUUGCAUCGCUCGGCAGCACCGAAAGCGUCGAAACUAGCGCCGGCAAGCCCCUGGCCGGCUCCCACACCGAAACCGAAGCCACCCCGAGCGCCCCGGGCAGCGUCACGAGCAUGGACUCGAUGAAUAAUGUAGUGACGACGACAACCACAGUGACCGCCAUCGCCAGCACCGUCCACCAGCUCAUUCCCGCCCCGUCAGCAGCAGCAUCAGCAGCAUCAGCAGCAGCACCGUCAGCAACAGCAGCGGCCGCGAUUGGUGGCAAAGUAGCGCCACCGGCAUUCUCACGACUACCACCGGACGGGCAUGAGUUCCCGCCAAACUUCACCGAGCCUUCCGCCACCGCCAUCGCCACGCCGACGUCCGCCGCCGCCAACGGUCCACCGCCAACGGUGGCCGCGAUGGCGAUUAUGAACGGAGGCGGCCCCGUCUCGGCACCGGCACUUGCCAAAUCGAACGACAAACAUUCCAGUUUCAAUGACGACUUGCCCGAAUUGCCAAAAAGUCAUCCACCGCCGGUUCCCCGCAAGGUGCUCCGAUCGGAUCUGAACCCAAAAAGCACCCCCGCCACUACGAACAACAGUGGGCCGGAGUUGGACACGACGUUCCGCAAACCGCCACCCUUCCCGACGCGCAGUUCCUCGAUCGCCGAAUCGAUGCUAAGCCGCAAGGAGCUUCCCAGCUCGUACCAAUCGCUGCAGAGCGUGUUCGAGCAGCGACGACGCUCGGUGGACGUGCCCGACCAUCACCACCAUCAGCAGCAUCACCACCUCCACCAGCAGCAGUCAACCGGCAAGCCACCGGCGGCCCCGACCGCCUCCGGUCGCAUCACGCUGGUCGGUUCGAACUGGCGGAAGGAUGAGAAGUCGGAGAAGAGCGUUCGCGACAAGAUCGCGAUGUUCUCCAGCGCGGCGGCCGACGGGGAAGGGCCAGCCGUGCCGGCACCGGCUCCCGGGCUAAUUGGUGGGGUGCGCAAGUACAGCAAAGAUUUCACCAAAAGCUCCGAGAACCUGCUGGGAGGCGUUACGUCGAAGAAGCCGACGGUCGAGGCGAUCGAGACGUACGCCACGCUGCGCAAGAAGGCGCACAGUGUCGAGCAUCUGGACGAGGUGGACAAGAGUGCACCGAGCCACGGAGGGGGCGAGUCCACAACCCACGGAGGGUCGGCGUACAAGGCGAAGUUUAGUCUGGAGACGUCCAAACCGGUCGUGCUGGGAAAGGCGUACAGCGUGGAGAACCUCAACCCGGUGCAGCGCGGGGAGGUGGUGGGCAAGACGAACGGCGGUGGGUUGGUGGACCACACGAAGAUACUAUCCCGCACCACCAGCUUCUCGGGGUACUCGAAUGGAAACAGUCUGGCUACGAUCGCGAGUCCUUCGAGUGCGAGUGGAGUCACCAACAACAACAUCAACAACGGCAACGAUGAACGCUGGAAGUCGUCCAUCUCGAACCUGCUGGAGCAGCGCAAGAAGUCAAUGUCGAAGCUGCGCGGUCUCGUCAUCCCGGAGAAGGUUCCGGAGGCGGAGGUACUAGCCGACUCCCGCAUCAUCGGGCUUCCGAUCAUCAAAAGCAAGGACUCGGAGAUUAUCCUCUCCUCGGGUGGCAUUGUGAAGGGAACCGCCGGACCCUCGGACGGUGGUGCACUGGGCGCCCUCUCGUACAGCCGGAAGACGAGCACCCUUCCAACGCCGGCCAAAUCGAGUGUCCACUCGCUGGCGAGUCCUUCGCUCAAAUCCCCGUCGAUCACGCAGGAGGUGACGUACAAAACGGUGUCGAGAAUGCAAACGAGCGUCGCUGCUCCAUCCUCCGAUGGGAAGGCGUCGGAGUCGGAAUCGGAGCUGACCUUCCGCAAACCGCUACCUCCGUUGCCGCCAGCGAAGCCACCUCGCACGUCUCUUGUGUACCCGCCCAAGAGUGGAUCGUCCGAUUGCCUUCGCAGCACCGAGGAUGAAAGCGAUGACAGCGAUUCCGUGUUGAGUUCGCGCGUGUCCUCCCCGCCCGUGUCGCCGGUUGCCCCGGCUCCGGUGGAGAAGUACGCCCUCACCAGGACGCUCAGUUCGGAGACGAACACAUCCAUCACCAGCUCGAACUCGACACUUACCUCCAGCUCGGGGUCACAGGCCAGCUGCAGUUCGGUCGGAAGCACACCGACUGUCGACAUCAGCCGGAAGCUGUCGAAGUCGUCCUCCUCCGAGGCGUCGAUGAACCGCAAGAACGUGCUGGCGUCGGCCAAGUGUCGCAGCGGUCGGGGAGAUCUGAAGAUUGAGGACGUUGGCUAUGGAGUUGGUGGUGGUGCGGGUAAGGGUGGACGCUAUGAGGACGGUGACAGUACCGAUGGCUACGAGGAGGAGGAACGUCGCAAGUCAAAGUCGAAGCCACGCAACUCGCUGACGAACGCCGCCUCGCAAGGACACGAAGAGAAGAAGGAACCGACCCACUACAAAGUGGUGGACACGGUCGACAGCAUCGUCGACAAGGUGAUCAAGGUGGCGUCGUACGUGGAAGUGGUGUCCGACCGGGAGGAAGGCUCGAUCGCCGAAGACACCACCCCGAGCCCGAUGCUCGUCACGGUUGCCACCGCCGCCGCCCCGAAGCCUCAAGUGGUGGCCGAAAAGCCGAUCGUACCGCAGAAGGAGCACGUUCCGAAGGUACGCUCGACGGCCGGGCAACCGGUCAAAGGUCGCGAGGAUGCCGCACCAAUGUCCGAUCUUGCCAAAUGGGUCCGCCAUGAAGCCGCACGGUCCAUCUCGCAUAAGGAAAGCACCGGAAGCGAGGUGAUGACGGCCGCACGCAUGGAGAAGAAAACACCAACCCCUCCCAGCAUGACCCGGACGAUUUCGGAACCGGCCCCCCCGCGGACCCCGGCCCCCGUUCCGGUGAAGCGGGAGCUCCGCUCGUCGGUCGAAUCGAAGAAGCUCAAUCUGGCGGAAAUUCGCAAGUCAUUCGAAUCGAAGUCCGCCAACAGCACGGUCAUCCCGACGCCGGUCAAGCAAAUGUCGCGUGAGUCCCCACUCGCCGCGCCCCCGACGUCGACACCCAUCGCUCCACCACCGACAGCAGCCACUCAUGCGCACGCCACACCAAAAAGCCACGCCGUCACCACCACCACCAACAGCCACGAUCGGUUCUCGUCCUGGGACUCGCUGGCGUCCUCCUCGUCCGGGGUUUCGUCGCUGCAGACCAACAGUCUCGGGCUGGGCCAGGCUAGCGGGGGCAACCCCAACUGCAGCGGUUCCUCCCAGACCCUCCAGAGCACCCCGUCCGAUUACGGCAGCUUCUCGUCGCUCGGCAGCAGCCACAGCCUGAUCACGCCGCAGGACCUGCAGCUAAUUAUCGAGGAAGCGGAUCCACCGCUGGCCACGCCGGAAGCGUUCGUCGUUGUGCUGCAGCGCGAAACACCCGAGAGUAGCAUCGGCAUCACGCUGGCCGGUGGUUCCGACUACGAAGCGAAGGAGAUUACGAUCCACAAAAUCCUCACCAACUCACCCGCGGACAGGGACGGCCGGCUGCGGAAGGGCGACCGUAUCCUCUCGAUCAACGGUCUCAGCAUGCGCGGUUUAACCCAUCGCGAAUCCCUCAGUGUACUUAAGACACCGCGACCGGAGGUCGUUAUGGUCAUCACCCGCUCGAAGUCGCUCGUGCUCGACACGCUGACGAAGCUGAAGCGACCGUCGAUGGGUUCACUCAGUUCGCUGGCGGAAAAGAGUGAACUGGCGGGCGAGUACGAGCGCAAGCUGAAGGUCCAGCAUAAGGCGUCCCGUUCACUCGACCUCGAUCACCUGGACGUGGCGUCCAAUGAGGCUGAAAGCGUAUUCGAUGGGACGGCCUCCGAGGAUGGUCUGCUUUCGGCGGACGACGUGUCGAAAUGUUCCUCCUCCAAUCCCAAUGACAAUGCACCUUCCUAUCCGGUCGAAGUCCCCGAAGGAUGCCGGAUGGUGGAAAUCAACAAGGACGGUGCCGGUCUCGGCUUCUCGAUCGAGGGCGGCUUCGACUCCCCGACCGGCAACAAGCCGUUAAUUAUUAAGAAAAUCUUCAUGGGUGGUGCCGCGGAAAAGUCCGGCCUGUUGCGCGCCGGCGAAGAGAUUGUUGCCAUUAACGAUGCCUCCAUUGCGAAGAUGACGCGGAUACAGGUGUGGAACAUGAUGAAGAAGCUACCGAACGGCAACGUGCGAAUUACGCUGAAGUAAAGCCCGUUUCAAACGAGAGCCGUGCAUACACACAUACAUGCAUACAUAAACGCACGCAUACAAAACAAACGAAACAUAUAUGCAUAUAUAUACAUACAUACAUACAUACAUUAACCUAAUUUUAUUUGUACACUAAGCUGAGUUUAUCGCCUUGUUAUGUUAUUUUUUAAAAAUCCGUUCAAUCAACGCCUGCUUAUCGAUUGCAACUAUUCUGUUGGAGAUGGAGCAAAGCAAAAAGAGAGUGUAUUCGUUUGGUAGCUUCGUUAGGGUUAGCGAAAAGUCACCCCAAUACCCGUAGCUUUGGUUUCAAACGCCAAACGGUUUGGCCUCUCGACGAGUUAGGAAUUUUUGGAGCAGCUAAUUUUCUUUCCCAACAGGCCGAAAACCGCUGUGGUUGAUGCAUUUAAUAUGGUCCCUUUGUUCGAUGGCCAAGGCCGUUUCGAUUGAGCCGUGCCCGGGGUCGAUCGCGAUUGGAGGAAGGAAAGUAAAACAAAACAACAAAACAAAACAAAAAAAGGAAUUAAAAAUCUCCAAGUGCAAAAUUGCAUCAAACUAUUCAUUUGUGAUGAUGGUAGAUAGGAAAGCGACGGAAUGCAAUGUUCCUUUAAAUGUGCAGUUAUGGAAGGUGAGCGGCCCUUGAAUGGUUGACAUAAAACAUUUUAAAAGGAAAAAAAAAUGGCGAGGAAACUGAUAUAUAAAAAAGUAUUGUGGGACGUUCAGGAGGCGAAAUACCGAUUCGCGCGUCACGUUUGUGAGGGAAACAAAAUGACUGUAAUAUAAUUAGAAGUUUUUGAAGCACCUUGAGGGAUGAAAU